AUGGCUCUUCCCAACAAUGGAGCGGGCGGGGUGUGGAGGAGGUACGCGCCUCACGCUCUGAUGACCCUGGUGCAGCUGUGCUACACAAUCUUGUACUUCAUCACCGAGGCUGCCUUCAACAGGGGGCUCAACCCCUAUGUCUACGUGACUUACCGGCAUCUUCUCGUCGGCGUCCUCCUAUGGCCGAAGCUGAGGCCUAAAAUGACUAUCAUGCUGUUUUUGGAGAUAUUUGUACUAUCACUGCUGGGGGUGCUUAACUCUGAACAUGUAUUUCACAAGCUUGAAGUACACAUCUCCAACGUGUCAUCUAUGAAGAGGUACCCAGCCGAGCUCUCACUGACAGCAUGGAUCUCAUUGGUAGGAGGAAUACAGUCGGCAGUUUUCGCGGUGAUUAUGCAGCACAAGCAGGAAGAUUGGCUGAUAGGCUUCGGCCUCAAGUUCUGGUGCAUUGUGUACACAGGAAUUGCUUGCAAUGGCUUCACAAUCUUCAUUCAGCUAUAUUGCACCAAGAAGAAAGGGCCAGUCAUCAGCAUAAUUGGAGGGGCGCUUGCAAUUCUGGGCCUUUACAUGUUGCUGUGGGGCAAGGACAAGGAUCAAGAACAAGAAGCGAGUAAAGAGCAGGAGCCUGAGUUAGAUCACGAGAAGCAGGAGAAGGUAGACGAUAUUUCUUCAGGCUGA